GCUGCCGGGCAUUUCGCCCCCUCGCCCUCCGGCUCUGCUUUUGUCCUUUCCCCGCCGGCCAGCGCAGCCCCCCCAGACACUGAGGCCGCAGCGGAGCCCCCCGGCCGCGGGGCGCCCGGCUGCUGCCCUGUUCUUUCCCACCCCGUCCCCGCCUGCCAAGGAAAGGCACAUGUUAAUACCACCCGGCGCGGUCAUUUUCUGCUACUGCUGCUGCGGGCUCCUCCGUCCGAGACAGAUGUUGCGAAACCAAGGCCUCCUCAAGUGCCGCUGCCGCAUGCUCUUCAAUGACCUGAAGGUCUUCCUGCUGCGGAGACCCCCCGCGCCGCCGCCGCCCUCCCCGCCGCCGCCGCUCCCCAUGCCCGGCGGCGCAGAGGCGGCGGCGGGCGGCCCGGCGGGGGCUGCACCGCCCGGGGGGCGCGGGCCCGGCUGGCGGGCGGCGGCGGCGGCGGGCGGCGGCGGAGCGGGCAGCCCGGCCGCCGAGGAGUGGGGCAGCCCCGCCGGGGAGCCGCCCGCCUCCCUGCCCAGCAGCACCUCCUCGGAUGACUUCGGCAAGGGCAAGGCCGAGGACCGCUAUUCGCUGGGCAGCAGCGUCGACAGCGGCAUCCGUACCCCGCUCUGCAGGAUCUGCUUCCAGGGGCCCGAGCAGGGGGAGUUGCUGAGCCCGUGUCGAUGUGAUGGAUCAGUGAAGUGCACACACCAGCCAUGUCUGAUCAAAUGGAUUAGCGAGAGAGGCUGCUGGAGCUGUGAGCUGUGUUACUACAAGUAUCACGUCAUUGCCAUAAGCACAAAGAACCCUCUGCAGGUAAAGUGGCAGGCCAUCUCUCUGACAGUCAUUGAGAAGGUUCAGAUAGCAGCGGCCAUCCUGGGUUCCCUCUUUCUCAUCGCCAGUAUCUCGUGGCUCAUCUGGUCGACCUUCAGUCCUUCGGCCAAAUGGCAACGCCAGGACCUGCUCUUCCAGAUCUGCUAUGGAAUGUACGGCUUCAUGGACAUUGUCUGUAUAGGUCUAAUAAUACACGAAGGGCCCUCGGUUUACCGGAUUUUUAAACGGUGGCAGGCGGUCAAUCAGCAGUGGAAAGUGCUGAACUAUGACAAAACAAAGGACAUGGAGGAACAAAAAACAGGGACCAGGACAAAUCAGCGCCCCUCCUCCCAAACCACCCACUCGUCCUCCACUGGUGGUACAGCCACUAACUCCGCGCCAGCCGACAGCGGGGCACGGGCUGCCGGCCAUGCCACAGGCACCCUCUCUGACCACCACUGUGCUUACACCAUCCUGCAUAUACUCAGCCACCUGAGGCCUCACGAACAGCGGAGUCAGUCUAGUAGUAACAGAGAGCUCGUCAUGAGGGUCACGACGGUCUGAGCCGAGGAAUUCAGGAGGCCUUAACACGAAGCGGAGGAGACAAAGAACUCAUAAAGCAGAGGAGCAUGGUGUGCCUUUUUCUUUCUCUUUCCUUUUCUUUUCUUUUUUUUUUUUUUCUUUCCUCCUCUCCUUUUCUUUUUUGGUAACUGCACAAAAUAUAAGAGGCGGCACCUGGCCAGCUGAGGGAAAAAGCAGGUGGAGGGAGAGCUGCACACUCAUGCUAAAGAGGUUAAUAUUUUCCAGCCUGUUUAAAAAAAAAAAAACAACAAAAAAACAAAAAACACACAAAAAAAAGAGAAAAAAACCCAACAACACAAAUCACAAAAAAACCCAACAAAACAAGUGCAAUACAGACUACAAACUGAGUAGGCAGAGUUCUGGGGAAGCAGAGGAACAGACGGUUUAGCAUGUCUUACAAAUCCUAUUACCUGGAAUCGGUAACCCUCUGUACACACAACUUGUAAACACACGCACGCACACACAAACACACAGUGUGAGAUUUUAAAAACAAGGAAGGGAACGAAAUAUUUGGAGUAUUUUUAUUUUCCAGACUGUGAUUAACCAGGGCUGUGAGUUGUUUUAUUUCAUGAGUCACUCUGGAGCCUUGUUCAAUUUAUCGUAGGAUACCUGAAGUGAAAUGGCUGGGGAUUUUUCAGUAUUGAUUUACAGAAAGAGAGAUUGAAUCAUCCCACCAAGAUAAUCUAACAAAUCCAGACAUACCCAAAUUCCACCAAAAAUACUGGGUUUUUUUCUUAGUGUUUCUGACAAGGGAUUUGUGAGGGUGGAAUUGGGAGGGGGGAGGGCGCUCCGUGACCUUUAUUUGACAUAUAGGCAUUUUUGGCAAAUUUUGUACAAACUCUCCACAGGUGUUUCAAGCACAAGUACUGGUGUGAUUUAUGCCUUCAUAACCCCAAAUCCAGCAUCCAGAUCUUGCCACUCACAUCAUUUUCCAUGCAGACGUUCCAGGUUGAUUUCCUUCCCUUUGAUCACAAGAAGCUGACCCGUCUCAGUGGGUUUCUGCUUCCUUUCUGAUUCAGACAGUCAUGCAUUAGAGGUGUAAAUCUUUUUUAUUUCCAACCCACCCCCCCCACCCCCCGUAUCCCUGCUGCUCAGUUUGCAACAGUCUCACUCAGUCUUGUAGGCUGAGCCUUUCACAUCCAGUCUGUUAGUUUAUUACUAAGUCUAUACCAUUCAAUCAUUCAAGAGAGAGUCUGAAGAGGGAGCACAGUUGCUGAUCGAAUAUGUAACACUUCUAAUAGGUCUCCUUCUCUGGGAUAUAUCCUCGAAGGUACCGGUUGCUCUUCAGGAACAUUCUCUUUCAAUGCACAAUGGCUGAAUCAUUUGUGGAUAUUAAAGGGACACUGUCAAGUACUUUUUAAAUAGUUUUUAGGGUUUGGGCUUUUUUUACUCUCCAUUGUUUGUAAUAUUCUCUUACAAGCUUGAAAAUAAAAUUUCUUUCCCUACCGAUUUUGUCCUUUUCCAUUUGGGCACGUAUUGUUCUCUCCACUCACCCCAUUCCCUUCACCACCCCAUUCCGCCUCCUCCCCACCUUUCUUCUGCAACUGGAGGAAAUCCACGUUACCGAUUUCCUGCUGACUGUCCUCGCUCUGCGGAGGGUAUGUCCCAGCUCUGCGGGGUCGAGCUGUUUUGCCAGUACAACAGCCACAAAGAAAGUUAAGAGCCGAGCCCUAAAAAUAUAGAGAUUAGCUAAUUGAGGAGCAACAGCUCAGUGAUCCCAAAACACUGAACCCACAGUGAUCAAGCCUGAACCCAGCUCCCCGCAUAAUUUAGGACUUCAGCCAAACUGCAUCCAUUUAGCAGCAGUGCUGAGCAGCGUUGCACAAUGGCUGUGUCCAACUGCCCUCCGGCGUCCUACCAGCACCUCUCACAGCUUCUGUUGGAGUCAGGGCAAAAGACAAGCCACCAGCUCCUUUGGCAGCUAUGUUGUCGUGGGCCAGGUGUUUCUGGACCAGAGAAGGUGUCAAACUUCAACCUCCGGGUUUGAACCAGCCAUUCCGCAAUGCUGAAGAUGGAGGUUAGCACCUCAAGGCAGGUUGUAUUUUUCACCUUGAUUACUUGACAGUGUCCCUUUGAAUAUCAGAAUGCAACAGAACAGGUACUUCUCUGGCAGAGAAUGUGGGAGGUGAAACACCGGCCAAGAACGCUGACUUACUGAGGACCCGUAUGAAACGGCAUGGUUUCUGAGGCCACUGCACCUUUAUCUGACCAAUCUUAUUAGCUACCAAAGAUUGCUUUUGGCAGAGGCAAGGAAGCAAUGUUGGUGGGCAGAGGGAGAGGGAAGGGGCAAUUCCAACCAUCUCUAAAAGCAGCUACCCCCAGAAUGAAGGUGCUGCAACGAACGGUCUCUGGAAGAACCGCUUCUGAUCCACAGUAGAGAGAAACCUGGCCAAAUCAAGCAAACACAGCAGCCUCUCGCCCCCUACCUGUCCUGGAAGCUGUCCUCAUUCCAAGAGAUGAGUAAUUACGGUGGUUUUGGGAAGGGGGAAGCAUACCCAGAUGAAGGGACAGCUGUCAGACAUGAUGUUGUUUCCCUCCCUGCCCUCCACUCAUUUAACACGGAGAAGUCAAAUUCCUUUAAUUUGGCUAACAGCUAAAAGUUUAUGAGGUCAGAAGCACAACUUGCCAUGAAAGAGUGGUGUGAUCUAGUACUCUGAGCACACAGGACUCUGCAUACUCUCACUCCAGCUCUGCCACUGACUCUGUAGCCUUGGGCUGUUCGGCUCAGUCCCCCCUCCACACAAAGGGGGAAUAACAAUACGUACCUACCUCACAGGGGUGUUGUGAGAAUCCGCGUUGGUAAAGCCUGUCGAAGUGCUAAGUCUACCACCGGUAGUCACAAAGCAUGCGGUGGGGGUGAGCAGCGCUGCCCUUUUGCUGGUUACAGUCCGAAUCACUCAGCGGGAGUCCCAUCGGCCCUCUCCUGCUUGGAGAUCCUCCUUGAUCCGAAGCAGAGGGUGUCGUCCGAGUGCCCUCUCCUCCAUUGCAUGACAUUUUAAGCAGCUGUGAGGUGCAGGGUAGUGACAGACAUGAAGUCCUACUUGACCAGGGAUUUGCUACAACAUUUUCUAUAUCUGUGGGGUUUGUUGGUUUGGUUUUUCCAUAUAUUGUGCUUAGAAAUAAACUUUCCACUUAGGGCUGGCGGUUCGGGGUCUCUUCUGUUGCAUGGCAAUGUAUACAAGUCUUAUUGUCUGUCUUACUGUGCAAAUGAUCCCGCAGCCCAAUUUCAGAGAUGGGCAUGGUCUGAGCCUUUUCACAGCGGCAUAAGACUCAAAAGCCUGUCUAGACUGUUUAAUAUUUAAACAACACUAUGAACUUGUCAAUUGUAUGUGUUCUGUGCAAUACGAAGCAUGUCAUUAGCUGGCUUGAUGGGCAGAGGGGCUAAAGGAAGGUCAAAACUUGUUCAAAGAGCUUCAUACAUGUGCCAGCAUGGAGCCGAAGGGCUGCCACCAGCAAUGCAAACUCGGGGAAGCCAUUGGAAACUGUUUUCAGAACAGUUUACUCCAGAACAAGGUACUUCUGAGUUUAUGAAUUUCUAGGCUGCCAGCCUGAGAGAACAAGUGCAAAUUUAGUAUGGGGUUUGGGGUUUUGGAUUAUCUUUUUCUUUCUUCCCCAAAGUAUGGAUGGCAGAAAUACUGAUGAGGGUCUUUUCCUUCCAUAGCACAGUUCUCUUGUCUCCCACAACCUCCUUGUGCCAUCCCCUUUGUGCUACUAUGCAGGACUUUAAAAGGUGCAAACGGAGAUAGUAUGUUCCCGAGACAUGCAAAACACGCUGUGUAUUGGGGGAUUCUAGCAGACAGGAGAGAUGGGGCAGAGCUAUGCUACAGAAGGCAUCUCUUCUUCCCAACACCUUUCCUCUAGUCUUGUCUGCUGGGUUUCUGAAGAGAUGUUCUUGUGUUUUGUUACAAAGCAGCCAGAUCAGCUCCCACCGACAAACAAAGCCUGCAGAGUUUGGCAGCUGUUUCUCCCAGUGGAGAAAAUUCCAGGCCCUAUCACUGUGGAGAGCCCUCAGCUCUUGGGCUUUGUGGUCCUCCAAUACCAUUUGGGGGUGGUCAUUGUGGAGGACUGUGUUCAGCCAUCAUCAGAAACUGUGUGUGCGUGGUCCUGCUCAUUCUUGUGAUUUCUGCUAGUUUCCUGAUUUUCUGUCAGUUUUUACAGGUCUUUCUGGUAAUGCUCUUCUGGUUAUGCUCUUCAGAGGUGUUUUGCUCUGUGUCAGUUGCUAAUGCUAUUCUUGCCUACUGAAACAUCAGCGGUGGCCGCCAGCUCCAUAGCUUUCCCAUUCCUGCCCUCCUGUCUCUUGGUAAAUACCCACUGCUAAGUUCAGACCCCCUUCCUCUGUGCCUACAGUGGCUCAAGCACAUGCACUAACCCAAGGGUCGUCAGAGAACACAGGGACCACUCAAAGCCUGUAUCAGUAGUCAGACUCCGUAACCAUCAGUCAGUCCUCUUUGCUGUAUAUUCCCUUUGCCAGUCUCAGUGCCUGCUGUUAAUUGGUUGCCACAAGAAGUCCGCAGUGCUAGCAGAACCCACAUAGCCAGCUGGCACAUGGUUUCCGAUUUCAAACGUCAGAAGUGAUGGACUGUUUUUCAAGUAAAUCAGGUGUGGUCCCUGUUGUGGUUUCCCAAGCAAGGUGCUGAAGAGGUCCACAUCUUAUCUUCCCGCGACAGGCAACCCAAGGAAAGAGCAAGACAGGAGCACAGAGUUAAGACAGGCAUCAGCUGUCCACCAUGUUUGUACCCAGGGAGAAAGGAAAAUACUACUCCUGUCUACCACAUCCCUACCACAUCCUUCUCAAAGCCCUUGUGUCUGUCAGUAGUAAAAUGUCAGAGAUAAUGCCUGUAGAUGGCGGACAAUUCUGAAGACUUUCCAGACCAUCCCCUGCCCACGUGUGGUGAUCAACCACUCAAGCAUCUUCCCUUUGUUUUCCUUCAGAGACAAAAGAUUAUUUUGACUGAACAAAGCACUGCUACUCUGCAGCGUAGGAGGAGGCUGCACCAUUAGCACUUCGAAUCUGUGGUUCAUCCACCAGGACCCCUGCACAUCUCCUUGUGAGAACACGUGGCCAGAAGACCUAUUCCUUUCACUUACUAUUGUACAUCAGUCAUGCACCUGGAGGGAAAGAGUCAGCAGUGCAAUUGCCUUAGUGACUACAGCUGAGUAUCCCAACCUCCCCUCCACUGUCACCUCACCUGUGACUGCUCCUUGUUCCUGAGCCAACAGAUGCCUCUCCCUUCUGCCAUCCCUAGCCUCCAGCCCUGAAGAUCUGGGCAGACAGAUACAGGAUUCCUCACAGACUAGUUUUAGCGUCUUCUACAUCCUUCAUGCAUCCAGACAGGCAAAUUGAUUUCAUUGACAGACAAUGACAUAUUUAAAUCCUGAGAGAAGAAACAAGUGUAGGAGCUUAUUGCAUUGACCUUCCCCUCUUCUUCCAUGUUGAAGGAAACACAGUGAAAACAUCAGUUGGUUACCAUAUGACAGCAACGAGCUGAUGGCUCUAGAAAUAUCUCCCUCAAUAAUGCAAGUCUGACAUGCUGCAGUUACUGAAGGCAGUCUUUGAUCUCACAUCUAUCAUGCUGGAUACAAGGCGAACAGAAUCUGGCACUUCUGUGCUGUUUACACAAACAUCAAAAACUACCUUAGUUCAUUAUUUAAAUUACCUCCAGGUCAGUGGGUGAAUUUCUCCUUUGAUGAAAGAAUGAUGUUUUUCUGUCCCAGAACUGGAAUUGCAAGGCAAAAUAUUGUACACAUAUACAUAUAUAUUUAUAAAUGUUAUCCUGAAAAUAUAAAGAAAAGAAAAAACUCAAACAAACCACAAAGAAUACUUAACUAUAUUGAAUAAGUCUUGACAGGAGCUUAGGAUUUGCCAUGUGGAAAGUAUGACAUGUGAUUUAACUUCAGGCAAACAGAAGACAGAAGUGGGACAUGCUUUUGUGUGACCUCUGGCCUUUCUCUGGCUCAUGCUCAUUAUUGUAGAGCAUUUAAUUAAUGCAAAACUAUAUGGAAAAUAGAUGAUGAGCUCCAGCAGCAGGAAACAGACUGAAGACCCCUCAAACUUAUCUGAACCAUAGUCAAACAAGCACAAUGAUGCAAAAGCACAAACACCUGCCAUUACACCUGUUUGAGAAGAGAGGUAUUUCUGAACAGGGACAAGGACUCAGACAGAAAUUCUUUUCCAAGCCACACUAACAGUAUUUUUCCCAGCUUGUUUACAUCCUCUUAUUAACCCUUUUUUCCGAGUGGAGAAGAAAGGAGAAGAGAGGAGAAGAGAGGAGAAGGAUUCUGAUACCCAGGACUUAAACAAUAAAAUAACAGUAGAGAAGAGGUACUAAGGGCAGAUGAUCCUUUAUAUGUUAUGUUAUGCAUCAAGAUGUGCUUUACCAAACAGAAUUAGGACAUCACAUUCAGUUCCCUGCUUGCUCAAAGAAAGUCUGAGUGAUUGAGUUUGCUCAUAACCAAGGAGCCUUCCUAGCGUGUAGCUUUCUACAGGGGACCACAGCUUCCCUCUGGAUGAGAGAACGUUUUGUCUCCAGUUGCAUCCCACUAUGGCAGAGUAACAACCUGUUGUUAGCCAGUCACUGAUGGGCAGUGGGAACAUCUAUCAGCUUAUAUGAGUUUUGAUAUCGAUAAUCACAAGAACUGCACAGGCCCAGCGUGCCCCUGCAAGUGGCCUGUCUCAUCCUUUCACAGUUCAAGUUGCUGACAGAGCUACUCUGCUCUUUGCUCUUCAUUACAAGGCAACUUUCCUUUAAAAUCCAGCCUGCCACACUUCUCUGGGAGUUUUUCCUCUGCACAUUACAGAGGUUCAGUUUAGUCCUUUUUCCUAGAAGGACGAACAGAUUUCUACCUAACCCACCUGAUCUUCUUUCUCAGCUAGAGAGACAAAAAAUGAUGUUCUCUGCACAGCUGAUCCCAGUACCUAUGUUCUUAUGAGAUUAUAUUCCCUGUCCCCUCCCACUCACUACUCCCUACCUUCACUUUCCUUUGGAAAGGGGUGAUUCAUUGCUACUAAAUGGUAGAGAUGAGAGUGUGGACAGCCCUUCUACUAGUUGCUAACAGGCACACAAACCUUCUUCCCAUCCCUCUAGACUGGUGUUGCCAGCAGAACCGUUUUCAUGGAGUUUAGCUUCUUGAUCCAGAAGAGCAAAUGCUUUCAAGCAUCUCCUUCACUGCUGUCAAGCUGUGGGAUAAUGGCAUGGGGAAUCUUUUGUUUCUUAGCCUCAGGGUAACCAGAGUGGAUGAUGUACCUGAGCCAAAAACACAGUGAGGACAAACCACUUGUAUUUUAGAUCACGGUAAAACUGCGUGAGGUCUGCCCUGUUGACAGGGGAGCAAGAAUCUCUGUCAGAUUUAUAUGGUGGCAAAGCAAAAUGCCCUUGUCCCUCAUGUUUUUAGCUCAUACACGUCAGCUCUCCGUUAUAUAAAAGACCCUCUGUAGGCAAUGCAGGCCAGGCUUGGGGAGGAAAUCUUCCUCAUUCCAGAAGCACAACCAGCCCAUAGCUAUGCAUCAACCCCUUCAGGACUUUUUCUCCAGAGAGGCUGAUAGUAAACAGGGAGGUAGCUAGUGGGGAUAGCAAGAACACUUCCCUGGAUCUUCAUCCCCAGCAGGCACAGUCCCUAGUAGGCUAAUUCUGCAUCUCCUCACGAGUCCCCUUUGAAAUCACUCCCAAGGACUACAGUCUGAUCCUUCACUACUACAGGGUCUGCCCAGGAGAGGAAGCAGUGUGUCUGCAUGGAUCUCCAAGGUCUGUUGCUAGGGUCCUGAGCCAGGCCUGGAAGAAAUCACUAUGUUCACUGAGGGAUGAGAUAACUCAAUGGUGUGUCCAUGCAGAAAUACUCUCUUUGAGACUUCUACAGAGAUGUCUGGGGGGUUGGGGGGAGGGGGGUGGUUUUGUUCAGGGCAGGAAGCACGGGGAAAGGAAGGCUGCAAUGUAAGAAACAAUCAGCCACAAUGGAGGGGUUGACUAAAAGGAAUGACCAUGUCGACUGUGUUACUGUCCCAUCAUUCUCCUGAACCCAGAAUGGAAACUUCCAAGUGCUCUUCAUGAGCUUACGUUUAUUAGAAAACUAUUCCUGGGUGUUCAAGGUUGUUUUCUAAUGAAAAUAUACAUAAUAAAAAAAGCAAAUGAACGACUCUUGCUAAUCUUUUCCUCUCCUCUGUUAACUUGUAACACAUACUGUGAAACUUACCUCCUUCCUUGUUUGUUUACCGCCAUUCCUGGUCAAUAAAAAUCUCUUUCUUUCUGGUCAUGAUCCACACAGGGCCUUAUACAGUAAGUUUUCAUCUUCUGCCUACACAUCAGAGGUCAAGACUUCACAUAAGGCAUUUGAAGAAAAUUCCAUGGCUUAGCAUAUAUAACAAAAUGUGUUAGCACUUUGACUUACCAGUUGUUUAUGGCAUUAAACAGCAAAAAUCCUUUACUGAACAUCACUAUAAGGUUCAUAAGUAGUGCCUUCCCUAUGUGCAAGAGAGAAGCUUGAGGCAACCAAGGUAAGUACAGGCAAGCAUUGAAAAAAGCUGUUAUUUUCAGAGUACCUACUCUGGUGUGCUAGGUUCUUCCCCACUGUACAGGACUGCCCUUGACAACGGACAUCUCCCAUCUAAACAGUAAUGGAGCCAGCCCUUACCCCAGGUCUUUAUCUUCUGCAAAUUGCUGUGUGAACUUCAAGACAGAGGGAAUGCUCAGAGCAAGCAUGCAGACAGACAGUGGGGACAAUGGAAGCAGUCACCCACGUCGUGGUAGGAAGGGGCUGGUAAAGAGCUAGGCUAGAUUCACAGCCCCUCUCCUGAGUGCUGAGCGCGUCAGAGCAAGCUGUACCCCAGGACAUCUUUUGAGACUGCCCUUGUUUCUGUAGUGCCUACUGAAUGCCUAGAGCAUCACUUUUCAAAGCGAUGUGCCUAGAAGUCCAGUGCAACCAGCUGCACAGCCUCCCCAUCUCAGGAGGAAAGAAGGGGCAGUGUUUCACCAGCCAAACACAGAGCUGACAAAAGACGGUCACAAGAAGCUCUGAAAAUUCUUCUGCCAAAGGGUCACAGAACUUUCCAAUGCUUGCACAUGUGAGGAACCUGCUCUGGAGAGACAGGUGAAGUCCAUUCCUCAUCCUUCCCCUAGAAACCAAGUAAGUCUUUUCUUCUCUUUUUUUCUUUCUUUCUUUUUUUUUUUUCCUUUUUUUUUUUUAAACACAGGUCUAUUCCAGUAAAUCUAUCAAAACACCCAGAGAGACAGAGAGGGAGAAGGGAAAAAACAGGGAAAAGAAAAUGGGCAGGACAAGGAGCUGCUUGGAAAGAACAGCUGUGCUAAUCAGAAAUGAAGGACAAAAAACAAGGGGAGGGGAUAUGACAGUGGGAGCAGGGAUAGAACUGGCAGAGACGUGGUGUGAAGAGGCUGGUGGCAACUGUUGAUUACUGCAGCAAUAACACUGAUGGUUUGGAGAAGAGAGGGCAAGGCAGGCCCUAGAGGAUCCUCAGGGAAAGAAGGAAGGAGCCAUGAAACACUGGCAGACCAGACUGCACAGAGUUCUCUCCAACCAGCCUUUCCAUAAGUCCAGGACCAAGUCUGUGUCUUUCACAGCCUGCAGCCUGAAAAACAGCCUCUCUGUUAGAUCUAUCCCCUGACUGACAAAAAGCUGCAUCAGCCAGGCUAGGCAAACUACUGCACACAUCAUCCUGCCUGUAACAGUGAUUCUUACCCAAAUGUAUUAUUCCUAAUUCAAGGCAGCCUCCCAGAGCUUGUUUUAUUCUGUGCACACAGCUACAUUGCUAAAAACAAUCAUGUGCCCUGCACCUGCUCAGACCAGAAGUAAUUUCCUACACCAGCCAGCCAGGGCUCUGCUGAAUUGUAGCAGCUGUAGCACACUGUGGUCUUUGCCAGCUCAGUGGGUUUCAGGAGAAUGAGGAUGCUGAAAUGCUUGGUUGCUCUAGAGAGAGAGAAGGUUGCCUGUAAAACAAGGAGGUUUGAAUGAUAUUGCAGCCUGGAUUCCCUCACACACAAACAGGAGUGUUGCCAAAACAUUGGGAACUGAGCUCAAGCUGCAAAAUUCACAGCAGAAUUGCAAAAAUCACAAGCUUGAGAGUAAAAAGCAUUUCAGGCAAGGUGGCGGCAGCAGGAAGUUUUAACCAGUGGGAACAUGAAACUAUUUUGGUUUAGAAACAAGUGAAAAUUUCAAAAUGUAACCUACAAUGAAUGUAGAGGUAUCUGCAUGGGGAGUAUAGUUACCUGAAUCUUAAAGAAAAAAUAAAUUGGUUUGAGAAUUUCAAACAGCAAAGUGCCUCCCAUCCAGAAAUUACUGGCCACUUCCAGAAGCAAUACAACAGCUGCCUGCUCAAUGGCCAGAGGAUGCCAACCUCUGAAGAUGGCUAACCAUCUGCAAUUACUGGGAUAAAAUUCCCAAUGUAAUAUAGGUCUGAGGGUCAAUUAAAUUUGAACGAGAUCACCCAAGGGCCUGACAUAAACCUGACUGAAAUCAGCAGGUUUUUUUCCUCAAGUAGGCACAUAGGAUCAGGGCUGUGCCCUUUGAGCAUUUCGUGCUCCCAGCUUCUCAGUACUCCCAUCUUCUGGUUUUACAACCCAGAAGCAAAAGCACAGGAAAGCAGCAAGCGGAUCACCUCUGUGAGGCCAACUGAAUCAGUCUUACUGCAGGACUUGCAAAAGUUACUUUUUUCAUCAUACACCAGCAAAAAAUCCUCACGUCCCAGUGAAUUAAUAGCCAUUAAUCUUAAAGCAUCACCUCUGCAACAAAGUUUGCAUGAAUCUACACACCUCCAUCCAGUCAUGCUUACAGGUGUAAAUAUACGCCUGUGUGAGAUGGCACUCAGACUGCUGUGGGCACUCACAAAAUUAGAGCAAGGCAAGCCCAGGGAUGUGCACCAGCUAUGCUGUGAUGACUCUCGACGCGCGUGGUCUUACUGCCCGAUAAACUGGCAUCAGCCAAAGUGGAAAUGUAAUUAGUUGCCUUUCAUCUGCAGGGGAAAAGAGCCACCUCACAGGCAGUUAUGGAAGAUGAGCUGAAACCUUGUGAGUUUGUUACCAAGGUCAGUUACUCAUACAUCUGUAACCAAGGCCUCACGUCCCCCAAAACAGCCAACAGUAGCCCCAUGCAUCUGGGCAACACAGUGACAGAGUUGCACCUCUUACAAAGAAUAAUUAAAAGUAUUCCCCUCCCUCUCAUUUUGAAUUUAGCUGGGAGCAACAAGCACUGAUUACUUAAUGUAAACAGUGCUCUGGUUAUUUAAUGCACUAAAUAACAACAGACUUCCACAAGCUCACUUAUUUUACACAGUUCUAAAAUGCCCACAGCCUUCUCUAGUUUGUGAAUGCUGUGAGCUUUAUUGUGUCACUAAAGCCUUACCAAACUUUGGAGCAGUCUCAGGUCAGAGCAGAAUGGAUCAUUUUCAAGGCUAUAACCAGAGUAAAAGGAAACAAAAUCAUUUCACUAGAUUCCCACUUUGACAUACAAUCCACGUGUUUGUCCUUUCCAUUCAGAUGUUUCAUGGUGGUGAAAGAUGCCAGAUCUGGAGUUGUUGCUGUUCACAGCCCAUGGAGUGACCCUGGAAGCUGUGUCUGUCUUCAUCUCCAGUAACCACCUCUACAAGUUGAGCAAUACUUAAGGCCAUGUAUUUCAACCUGCCUUUGUAUGUAUUUAACGUAGGCAUCUACAGCUGCAGCUCACCCAAAUUUAUAUAUCUAAAGGUCACUUGUCAAAUUCUAAGCCACCUUAGUAAUCAUCAGAGAAAAAUAGGUACCUCCCAGGAAUUAUUCAUCCCAAUUGUAUUCUGCACCAAACUGCCUACACAGUUGUCUAGUAUGAUUUGAGAUGCUUGACUGGCCUUCAGUGUCUCAAUUUUAAUUUGACGCCCAUAUCUAAAGUUAGGAAAAAAGCACUCACCCCUCUUUUGCAUGUAUUGGGUAGCCAGCUGUCAAAUCAGUCAUCUUUCCCCGACUUUAUUAAUUAGAGGAAGUAAGUUAGGCUGCCCAGGCUGAAUACAAGAUGUGGUCCUUGAAACACUGGUUUCUUCACUCAUCUUACCGCAAAAGGCAGAAGGAACCUAAGGGAUUUUUGAGGUUCUCCUACCAUCCACAGUCAGUAUGAGACGUCAACCACCAAAUAUCUCAGCGCUGCAGUUAAUUGUGCUUAUGGUCUACAGCUUAUUGCAUCUGUUGUCUUUGCAACUUCUGUUCUGAAUUUGCAAAAAGGAUGAAGUAGUUCAGGGUGUUCAAUUCUGGGGACUUUUUUUUAAAGCUGAAUCCCAAAACAAUAUUGUCCAACUUUUCCUAAAAGUAAAAAGCCACUUUUUAGGCAUUUUAGGGCCCUCAGUUGCUACCUCCUGAAAAUUUAGGCCUUAAUUUCUAAGCUCUAAGGGGGAACACAGCAUUUUUUAAACAGCAAACUCUGCAAGGCUGUGAAUGAAGCCUAGCAAAAAGCUGUUCUCUAAACAGCAAGGCAGCUAGUCUUACAACUAUCACCAUUUAUGACUCGUGAUACUGCAGAGAGCUCUCAUCAUUACAGCACAUCUUGUAUCAGAAGCAUCUUUCAGAGCUUUGGGGAAUUGUUUGUUUUCUUGUUUAAAGACUGCAGUAUCAGUGGAAAAACAAACCUUGAGAAAACAUAAAAGAGAAAGUAGAGAGAGGCUGAGUACCCAGGCAGAAUGGAGCAAGUACAGCCACCACAGUCAACAAGCUGUCCUGAUGGAAAGCAUAGCCUUGUGCUAAAGGACAGCCCCUGGAUUAGAAAUCACCCCUGAAAAUGUUUAACUAAGGCAUUUGCCUGACAGUCAAAGUAAAUAAGCAGCAGCAUACAGGGGUGUGUUGAGGCUUUGAAACACUGUUUGCAAGGAUGAAGAUCAGGGGCUCAAAAAGUCAAAGUUGUGGGAUGCCCAUUAUAUUUUUCAAAGUAACAGAUCUAUGAAGGGGAAUCACUCAUGACCCCACACAACAGGCAAUUGAUGAUUUACAGGGAGAGCUCCACAUCAGGAGACUUGUCUUGGACUGCCCUUCUCAGCUACCCAAACAGCAGUGCUCCUCUCCCAUCACUUAACCUGCAGCCUGUCUCAGUCUCCCCUUCUGGAAAGCCAAGAUUUGCUAUUCUUCUGCAGAGCAGCAGCAGAUGUCACUGGCUUCCCACCAGCACUCCAUCCCCACCAGCAAGCGGUCACUGGCCCUGAGCUCACAAGCACCAGCAGCUAUGAUGGCAUCACCCCUCUACUUCAUAUAGACAUCGGGAAAGCGGACCAGCAACCCUGUUCCUUGCCCUGGGCUUGAUUUGAACGCGUCACGUUACACUACAAACUACAUCCCAGGAGGCAUUUGAAACACUGCCAGUAUGUUUCUAAGCACACUGUUUCUGAACAUGUGUAAAAUCAUCCCAUUAACUCUCCAGAACACUGUUGCCUUUGGCAUCUGCCUCCACACUUCUUCCACGCUUUUCUCUGGGCUUGUGGUGGUGGUGGUAUUUGCUGCUGUUACCAGGGUGCAAGAGAUUAUGCAACUGUCUAGCAUUUUGAUUUAACCAGCUAGGGGAAAAAAAACACCUGUUCCAAAUUCUAUUAAUAACUGGCAGCCAUCUCCCUCCUCCCUUCCCUCCCCAAAUUCCCACAGAAGGAAGAUCACAGACAGAUCCCCGCAAGCACAAACUAGCAGCCUGACUGGAUCAAUAACAUCCAUGGAGCCAGAAAUUUGCAAUGAAUUCUGGGUAAUUAAUCUGCCACGGAAAGACAAUCUUAAUUAAGAAAAGUCAAGCCGUUCUUUUCCCAAACCUUUUGACUAAUAAAGCCACAGUAUUGGUUUGGCUGAGGAUUUUGGUCUAAAUUUUAAUGGGGUUUGUGUUCCUAUCAAAUACUUUGAAAGCAACCACGCAGGCAGCAGUGGAGUCUUCAAGCAGCAGUUAUAGAUGCAAACUCUUUCCUUUGUCUUUUUGACACGGCAUUAAAGGUGAGUGGUUUCCUCAGAAGGCUAAAGCUCCUGCUUUCCCACCCCUUUCAGGCAAUCCUGGAAAUACCAUUUGGACGCAAAGGCAGCUUGGCAGCACCCAUGUUAGGUUGCAAGCAGCCAUUUGGAUAGUUGUACGUUCCUGAAACAGCUGUUGUCAUGAGGCAGUCAUGAGCCCUCCUAAGCACCACAUCAAGAUUUAGGAGCACUGAGUAUAUUUCAGAGACACGGGAUUUUAAGUUCAUUGUUCUUUUGCUCCUGGUUCUACUGCAAACUCCUCAUUUCACACACAAUAAGUCCCUAGAGCAACACGCACCCUAGUAUGCUCAGGACCUUGUUCUGGUGCUAAUGCCAAUUGGUACAGACUCAGCAAAGCCGAAACUCUUGUUUUUCAGGGCAAAAAAGGCCAAAGGGUGGCCAUAUCCAAACUGCCUAUUGCUCCUAACCUGUGUUAACUACUGAACCAUGCUGGGUACUCUCGUGGAAACAGCCUGGGCCAAAAGCAUGUCUAGAGCUGCACUAACAACUUAGCAAGACAAAUCCAGUGCCUGGGAGUGUUUCCUGGGCAUCCAUUCAUGAUGGAGGACAUGUCUCAAACCACUUUGGUAUAGCAUAUUUAGAAAGACCCAAGAAACUCCCACACACAGUGGCACUAGUCCCCAGCAAGGACCUGGUCAGCUGCAAGCAAAACCCUCCUGCAGCAGUUUGCACAUCCCGUUUUGAGGGCCUAAGAAGGUGUGUUCUUUUUAUUUCCCCAAGGUAAGAAGGCUGUUUUGAUCUGUGAAACAUGUGACAGUUGAUCACAUUUCUGUCCUGACACAGCGCAGACAGCCAGGAGACCAGACAGUUCAGGACACGAUGUUUCUGGAAGCACUGGGUAAGCUGCAAAGAAAUCCCAGAGACUUUCAAGGGGAACUUAAUCUCACCAGCCCUGCUCAUCUUUGCAGGUCAAAGUCUACUCACCAGUCUGAAGCCAAGGAGGGCCUACAUACUUAUUGGCAAAAAUCAGCAUUUUCCCCAAUAGUACCCUGGAUACAGGGUAAUUAUGGUAAAGACUGAUAAAAAUCAUUUAACUCCUGCUAUGGUGAUGGCCUGAUGGCAGCCAGAUUAAAGAUGUCCUUUAUAAACCAUCACAGAGCAAGAGAACUUGAUAAUUAAUGAGUUAAUUACACCAGCAUUUGAGGCCAAUACUACCCAUCUGCCGCUUUGAUUAAUUAAAACUCUGACAGACAACAAUGAGACCCUUCUCAGGUCUGAAAGCAAUUAAUUGCCAAAGUUCCCAAUAAAUCUAACAGCAUCGCUGACUGAACUGGCAGAAGAGACCACUUCAAACAGCCCCAAAACAGAGGCAGCAAAGCAGAUUACGGAGUUUGAAGCAUCCCCAACAUGAUGCCUUUAAUCUUUUGAUGUAACACUGUGAGCUGGAGCCUUUUAAUCUCCUCUCUCCCAUUUCUUACUUUCCACUCAAGAUAAGAGGAAGGGGCAGUCUCAGUAAAGGACAUGAAUUGCUGAGGCAAGCGUUAUGGAGACAUUGGCCCCUUUUGUUCUUUGUCCAGACUCUCUGAGCUGUAAUGCAUGGGUUAAAUCUUUGCUCUGGAAUAUCUGCUCUCCUCAGGCUGCUUGUAACCAGUCCUGACAAAGUGUGAUUUUGAAAAUGCAAUGGGAAGUUGAAAUCUUCCGAUGCUUUCCCUGAUCAUCAUUUGAAGAAUGACAAAAAGCAACAGCAGUUGCCCAGAAGGUGGUGGCAAAUCAAACCCCACGGUGGGCAGGUCAAGGAGAGAUUAUGAGAAACCAGACACAGACCGUAGGGGUCAGGGGCAAAGGCAGAGCAUGACAAAACAGAAGAUGAAGCUGAUGAAAGGACUUUCUACUGUAAGAAAUCCUGGACUCCAGAACCGCUUUCCAAGACAGGCAAAAGGGGAAAGCCCUAGUGCACAACCACGUAAGAGGAAAAAAUGUUGUCAGUGUACUGCAGGGAAAAACAGCCACAGUCAGCAGGUGGGGGAGGAAUCGGUGCUUUUCACUUUUUGCCCUCUGUCUACACUGAACAUCAGUCUUGCAAACUACACCCAGCUGAGACACGAUGGGAUUUUGAGGGAACACCAUGAAAGAUCACUUUCUUUUGCAGCAAACAGGGCUAGAGGACACCUGACCAUCUUCAAAGCCAGUGCAGCUCAAAUGUAGUUUGGAGACCUUGCACAACAAGCUACUGCUUUUUCAGCGAGAUGAGGGGAAAAAGCCUUUCCUUCCAUUUUUAUCCUACUUAUGCAUUGCUAAGCAGCUCUUGCAUUUCACCUCGAACAGUUACAAUUGAGGAACUACAGCUUCUUCAUACUACAGAUCCAAGACAAUGAUUAAUAACAAUUAUCAGCAACGAUUAGUUAAUACGACCAUAAUACAACAAUCCCACUGCCUGCCAGUCAGUUGCAGGCAUCAGCAUGUUGAAGCAUGACAGCUGUUCUCAUUAAACACUGCCGCGCUCCUGAGGACAAGAGAAUCCUCCCUGCAGCAGCAGGCUCGGCUGAGUAAUGCAGGCUGCAGCUUCCCAUGCGGGCACGGGGCAGAAAACUGAGUUUAGACAUGCUGAAGUCAAUACAGGGAUAGUUACUCUGUAAUCAUGUGAGAGAAAGGGUAAUUAUAUCCUGGGUGCGUGGCUCUUGCUUAUUGCUGGGUCUUUAGCUCAGUAAUUUAAAAGGAACCAUGUACAAAAAGGAACCAUGUACGAAAGGGUGAAAGAGGGGUAAGCAAGCAAAGGACGACAAAAAGGGCUUACGCACAGGGCUCCCAUUUCAACUUACAGAAGAACCAGCUUCAAGUGCUGCAAAAGCACUUUGGAAAGGAACUUUUAAUAUGCAAGGAAAAUAAACAACAGACCCCUUUUCCAGUUACAGAAGAAGAGGAAACCAGUCAAAGAAAGGAAUGGAGCUGAAAGGGGGAUGGUAGGAAGGCACUUUCUAACAGAUGAAGUGGCCAUUUGCAAACACUAAUAACUCUUUGUUUCCAUCUAAACAAAGGAGGGUGAGAGACAGAUGCCACAUACAUACCUAGAUUUCCCAGGAGAAGAACAGAAGAGAAACUAGGACAGACCAGAUGUUCAAGAAUUAAAAUUUUUGAAGAUUAACUGAAUCAUAUGAGGAGCUGUUAUUGCUCAGGUGAGCUCCAGCUGCCUCAAAGCAUGUCUAGAUCAUGCAGUACGGAAGCAUGCAGAUGCGCCCUAGGCAUCUCAAAAAAGCCAGCUAGGUCAGACUCAUGCCAGUAUCUCUUCAGAGCACCGCACUCCCCUGGGCCCAAAGGAUGAGAGGAGGCUAAUGUUUUCCCAGUGCAUUUUAAGCCAUCUUCAGGAAGCAGAUAAUGUGGCACGUCUCUGCAGAUCUGUUGACGUGACA